UAAUAAUUUUAUAUUAAUAUAUUGUUAAAUAUCUAUAUGAGACCUAUUGUUUUUGUGUAUCCAUAUUAUUAAUAUAUUUAUUUUCUGGGUGUUCUUUCUACUUUUUGGAAAAAAAUUGUUUGUGUUGUGAAGUGUUUGUGCAACCCAAAAUGGCACUGGAAACAAUAGUGUCCCUUUGGGAAAGUUGAUGAUAAUUACUAUGAAUAUUUUCCUAGAAAAGAAAAAUCUGUAUGAAUGGAUAGUGAAUUAGUGAUAGUUAUGUGUUUAAAGUGCAUAAAAUGGGUUCGCAAACCUUAGAAAUUUUGCGGCAAGGCAUAUGGGCAUCAUUAACUGGAGGCUGGUUCUAUGAUCCACAUCAAAAUCUAUUUUGCAAUACUGUACAUCUGUAUAUCUGGCUCUUCCUUCUUUGCCUGCCAUUCUCUGUGUAUUUGUAUUUUCCCCCCGCAAGUGUCAGCUGGUUGAUCUACUGUGCGCUAGUGGCUGUACUGUUUACAGUCCUCAAGUUAAUCAACCAUGGCUUGCACCACAUGUAUGAUACCCACGAGCUCAUCGUAGUUCCCAUGACUGAUGAAGCUGGAAACCCCACAGAGAAUGCUGCGCCAGAGGAGGGGCUAGAAAUGCAGACAAUGAAUACUACAGCUGUGGCAGCCAGUGAUAAUGACUCCGUUACAUCUUUGGAAUAUCAUAAACCUAAUAAUAGUACUAUAGAUUUAAAAGUAGAUGUUCAUAGAAAAAAUAGUUCAGAGUCAAGUGUUGAGGACAGUGGAAUGUCAUCAAAGCCAAGUGAAGCAAUUGCUAUUACAAAAUCUGAUUUAUGUGUAGCACAAUGUCUAGAGCCCACUAGUUCUUCAAAAUCCCGCCCUAUCAGAAGUCGAUCGAAAUCGGGACACAGAAAGGACCACAGAUCCAAAACCAGACGUGGGCAUGGACGCAUAGAUGAACUUAUUGUGGAAGAAACACGAAAUGCUCGAGCAGAAUACAUGUUAAGUUCAGCUAUGCAUAUUCUUGCAGAUGAAAGACCCUUUUCUAAAGUAAGUCGUCGAUACAAUGAAUGCCCUCAUCGGCGAGGUUCUAGCAAUAAAGACUUUUUUAAAGAAUGGCUUUACUUAGAUGCAAAUGAAGCUGCUGGGGAACCUUACCAGUCGAAGUUUGCACGCCAGCUUAGUUCUGAUUCUAGGGAUAAUUCUGAACCUAGUGUUGGACCUUCAUCCCCAAAGAAAAGACUGGCACAACGACGAAGGUACACAAACUACCCCGACGAGAGUUGCACUAAGAGUGCCAUAGCUCUUGCGUCUGCACAAUCCUCUUAUAUGAGAAGAAAUUCCAAUUCCACUAUGUCUACUAUUCAAUUGCCUUUACUUAAUUCAACUGCACAAUUAGUUUCUCAUAUGAGACGACAUUCUAAUAACUCAGACACAGGAUUCUUCGCUAGUGUAGAAUUUGGUGAAUAUAUGAGUACAAUUAAAGCCGAAGCACCUGUAUGUGAGACUGAUAAAAAUAAAGGCAAAAGUCCUGGAGUACGAAGAAUUAAAAGUGCAGCGUUAGAAAUCGGCUGUCCCCCGCCUAGUGUUUCAAAUCUUUCUCCGCAUCCUAAUAGUGCAGAAACUAUUGGUGGCCAAGUGCUUAAAAACCCAAAAAGUGCCGUAAUUCCUCCACCUAGUAAAAGCUUAACACGUGGUCCUCAUUUAAAUUUGUAUCCGAAAAAUGAGAAUGGAGAAGGUUGCAGUUACCCGUACCUGACAUACGGUUCCGAAAUAGUCUAUCCUAUUGCAGAGAUAUCUGAUGAGAUGCAAACUUCGCAAAAAGAGACUGAUUUAGAUUCGAGUGGUGAAAGUUACAGUGAUUAUGAAGACGAGAAACAGUUUCGAGGGUUUGAUUGGGAUGCUGAGCAAUCAUCAGCAAUACGAUCCAGUGAUUCUGAUUAUGAAAACAAUGGAUCAAGAUCUCCCCUACUAGAUAAACCAACUGAUGUACGUGUUGUACGAUCUAAAAACCACCAUGAGUGUAAAAAGAUUUGUUGCGACCGACCUCCUUCGAAACACAACGUAGGCUACCCAAAUGACAAGAAACCGGUACGUUUAAAAAAAGGAAAUAAACUAGACUUACGACAAGAGCGUCAAAUAAAUAAUUGUGAUUGUAAACCAAAUCCUAAUAGUGAUUACUUCGAUAAGACUAGUGCAAGUUCAAAAGAUCUUUUAAUUGAAAAAUCUAGUCUGGAAUCAAACGAAGCCAGUGACCACUUGGAAAAGCGGACAGAUGAUAAAAAAAUAACAGAACUAAAAGUUUGGGACCAUGAAUUAUCGAAUUCUAGUAGUAGUAGUGAAGGGCUAAGGCCAAAGAAGAAAUUUGAAAGGAACAAUCCUCCAGAGACUGAAGAGUCUCAGUUAACCUGUGAUAGUAAAAGUGCUGAUGAAAGAAGCGUGUAUAGUCUAGACUGGUUAUUUCAGGAAGCAUUAGAUGUAAAGAAAGGGCUCUGUGACGAUGAUGACUUAGAAGAAGUAGCCUCUCACAAACCAGAUAGUACUUUAGGAGAAUCUUCGAAUAUCCCAAAAAACUUAGGUGCUAUACCAAAGCAGAUUAAAAAUCUAGCGCGUUCACGAAGUUCUUCACAAAAGGAGAAUAAGAAACGAGAUCCUAGAAAAGAAAAAGAUGAAAACCAAAAUGAGGAACGAAUACUGAUGGAUGCCGUGGAAGCACAGGCUGCUUUAGUGCAAGGCUUGGAAUGUUUAUUUGCUGCAACAAAUGCUAAUACAGUUGUUAUGCCCCAACCUAAUAGAGAAGAGAGGUCUCGCAGUCGGAGGCAUAGUGUCAGAAGUGGAGAAAGAGAGGGAUCGCACAAAGCCCGAAAACGCUCCAUUGAAGAAGUCGCACAAACGUCUACAAAUACGCUUCUGCCAACCACUAUGCCAUUAUUAGCUGCUUUUUUAAAUUCAAGAGUAGACUUCAUGCCAUGCAGUGUACCUGAUAACAGUUCUCCGGUAGAUACACAAAAUACUGAAGAAGGACCAAGACUGAGACCCUUGAUGGAUCGAAAUCAUAGGAAUCGCGUUAGAAAGAUAAAACGUUCUACUCGCCAAAGGAACAACCCACAACCGCAAAAUAACUUAGAAAAAAAGGAUAUUGUACCAAAUGCUGAAGAUCCAAAUAACACAGGUGGCGUUCAUUUUGCGACAUCAUUUGAAGAUACCAGUGACGGAGCAAUUCAUUGUUUUAUGGAUGAAUAUGGCAAUUGGAUGUCAUAUACAUUCGAUAAAAAUAGUUCCGGUCAAACAUCGGCUAUACCAAUACCUUUGCCUGAAAAGAGCGACAACCCGAGAUCUAAUGCGGUCAAACCUCCAGAUAAUGCAGAGAAUUCCCAGGAAACGGCGGAAGGUAGCUGUGGAUCUUUGGAGUCAGAAACAGGAAAUGAAAAUCUCAAAAGCAAAUGUGUUGAUAGCAUAGAUAAAAAUUCUUCGAACCUUGGAAGCAACAAUCCCCUGAUGUCGAGUAAUAAUAAUGUGUCGACUGUUGUACCGAUAAAUACAAAUAAUGGAAAUAAACGAUUCUAUGUGUUCGAUGGUGGGACUGCAGAACAAGCUCGAUCCCCGGUAGCUUACGUAACAGAUAGUUUGUUAGAACAAAUUGAGGCUGAAAGACAAUCUAGAAUGGGGCUACCAAGUAUGCAUAUAAAUUACCUGAUGAGCCAACAACGCGCUCAGCAACAAGCACAACAACAAGCUGAUACCACUGCCUCAACUCAUAUACCCAGUUUAAUGCCAUCAAUUGGGGAAGAGACUGUUGAAAUAAAGUUGCAUAACAGAAUUUGUAAAAUAUUGGAUGACAUUGAGAAAAAUAGUAAACUAAAGACUAAAAGUUAUUAUAAAUUUAAUUUAUCUAAAUGUUUUGAGGUCAAGGUGAGCAUGGAUAGGUUGAAAUUGAUGGCGCUGUUCGAUAGAAACCUAUCGUUUAAAGACACCUCCGUAUCAAUAAUGUUAGCGAUUGCUGUAUCAAUUUUGGGCUCCAUGGUUCUCAACCUUGGUUAUUACAGAGAUAUAUACGCGUUUUGGUUCUGUUUUAUAAUGGCUGGAAGUCAGUAUUCUUUGCUGAAGAGUGUUCAGCCUGAUUCUGCAUCGCCGGUACACGGUUUUAACAAAAUGGUUGUAUUUUCGCGACCUGUUUACUUUUGCUUGUGUACAGCAAUACUAUGUGUAGUCAAUAGUCAGAUGCAAAAUAUAUCAGCAGAAGAUACGAAUUCCAGAAGUAAGCGAAGCACGGACGCUGCAAAACCUUUAACGAUUUACGGUUUAGAAGUAAAUGAAAGAGACUGUUUGUAUAUUGUUCAAGAAAUAAUUUCAAAGUUCCUAUUAUUUUUUCCGUUAGCGUUUAGUUUAGGCCUGUUCCCUCAAGUGAACACGUUUCUCAUGUACUUAUUAGAACAAAUCGAUAUGCAUGCAUUCGGUGGUAAUGCGACUAGUAGUUUGAGCGCUGCAUUUUAUUGUGUGUUGAGGUCUCUAGUUGCUAUUGGUGCCUUAUACGGCUUCGCUUAUAGCGGACUAGUUGAAGGGAAAAAAUCUCAGCAUCAAAAACAUAAUAUACUGUUCUCCAUAUUCUGCGCUCUUCUUGUUCCUAUAUCGUAUCAUCUUAGCCGUAGCGCUAGUGACUAUACCCUUAUAUGGAAUUUAAUAAAAAAACAUUUACUACCACCGGAAUUGUUCAUCGUGCAUAAUCCUGAUUGUUCACCGGAUAUAGAAAAAACUGAAGCCAAUACGUUGACAGAGGACAAGAAGAAUAAUUCGGAGAGUAAUAUUUCCAAACAGAAUUCGUUAGGAAGUUCGGUAUCGAAGAUUAACUUUAGCUCGGAAACUAACAUAUCGAAAACGCAAAAGAGAUCGCAAGCCUCUAGCGUGAGUUCGUUGAAAGUAGAUGUGAAGGGAGACACGACUAAUUCCACGACAUCGCUCAAAGUAGAUCCCGCCACUGAAAAUGAUGAGAAAAGUCGUGAUUCGAAUACUUUGAACUCGAAUUUGAACAAGCCUGAAGUUGAAAAGAGUGAAGAGGACAUGGAAGAUCCAUUGCCGAAGAUAUUACAGGAGACAGUGAACGCAAGAUUGAAGAAUGACGUCAUCGUGUGCACUUUUCUCGCACUUUUAGUGCUGGGUCUGCAUUGUACGACAGUCUUUACCACAUUGAAACCACAAUUGAACACAGUGCUAUGGAUAAUAGCUGGUAUCCUCGGCUGGGUCCUCCACUACCUGAUCCCUCAGCUCCGCAAGCAGCAACCCUGGCUGUGUCUGGCCUCGCCGGUGCUUAAGCAGCACGAACAUUCGCAGUUCGAAGUCACUGAACCAGCUAAACUUAUGAUCUUUGAAAAGAUAUUCGUAUAUCUAUGCUUCUUGGAGCGCAAUGUUCUAUAUCCUGCCCUAGUGAUUGCGGCCACUACGCAAGACGCGCCCGCCAUUGCGGAAAAACAUGGCGACGCGUUCGGCGCGCUUAUCAUCUGCGUAUGCGCAUUGAAAUGUCUAAGAAACGCCUACUCAGAUCCAGAUAGUCAGUACCUGAUAGUUGUAUUCGCUGUGCUUUUGUUUCAACUUGAUUUCGUUAGCCAAAAGAUGUCGGAGACGUUUCUCGUCGAUUAUUUUGUCAUGGCAAUUAUUUUUAACAAAGUCUACGAGUUCUUACUCAAGAUGCAAUUCGUGGUGACUUACAUAGCUCCAUGGCAAAUCACGUGGGGCAGCGCAUUCCACGCCUUUGCGCAGCCCUUCUCCGUGCCACACUCUGGGAUGUUGUUCCUACAGGCCGCCAUAUCCGCCCUGAUAUCUUCGCCGCUCACACCGGCUUUGGGUAGCGCGAUAUUCAUGACGUCAUACGUACGGCCCGUCAAGUUUUGGGAGCGAGACUACAACACCAAGCGGGUAGACCAGAGCAACACGCGGCUCUCGUCGCAUCUAGAGAGGAACCUCGGCGCCGAUGACAACAACUUGAAUUCGAUUUUCUACGAGCACCUCACCCGCUCGUUGCAACAUUAUCUUUGUGGAGACCUCAUGCUGGGACGGUGGGGAAGUGUACAGCAAGGGGACUGUUUUGUUCUCGCGUCUGACUACUUGAACUGCUUGGUACAUAUAGUUGAAAUGGGUAAUGGCUUGGUCUCAUUUCAACUGCGAGGGCUAGAGUUUCGCGGAACCUACUGCCAGCAGAGAGAGGUGGAGGCGAUCUCGGAGGGGCCAGAGGAGAGCAAUGAGGGCGUGUGGUGUGGCAGCACUGGACGUGUCCUAUCCCCUGCGGCGUGCUGGAGCCUCCGCUGGCUCGCCUGGCAGCUGGCCACCUCGCGGUACGUGCUCGAGGGCUACUCCGUCACUGACAACAGCGCUGUGUCCAUGCUGCAGGUGUUCGACUUCCGGAAGGUGCUGCUCACCUACUACGUUAAGAGUAUCAUCUACUACACGAUACAGUCAAGCAAGUUGGAGGAGUGGCUCGCGUCGCCAGAGCUGACGGAAGCUCUCAAACCGAUGAACGAGAGAAACUUUGUCGAUCUAGAUCCCAUCUUCAACGUUAACCUAGACGAAGAUUAUGACUUCCGAGCUUCUGGGAUUACCAGAAGUAGAUUCUGCGCGGUGUACCAGGAGUGGAUAUCGCACUGCGGCGCUCGACGUGGGGCCAGCUACCGACGAGAACCGGCCAUCGUCACGCUGUGCUUCGCUCUUAGCUUGCUUGGCAGGAGGGCCCUCGCCGCCGCACAGCAUCUGUCCACCUGCAGUAGCGUGGAGUUCUUCUUGUACGGCGUGCACGCGCUGUUCAAGGGUGACUUCCGCAUCACGUGCGCGCGCGACGAGUGGGUGUUCUCCGACGUGUCGCUGCUGCACGCCGUACUGGCGCCCGCCAUCCGCAUGGCGCUCAAGCUACAUCAGGAUCACUUCAUGUUCCCGGAGGAGUACUGCAGCAGUGCGGCUCUGUACGCGGCCAUCACAUCCCACUCCCAGCGACUGGUCAUCUGCCACGAGGCGGCGCCCGCUUGGAGGCACAGCGUGCUACGAGGCGCUCCGCACUUGCUUGCGUUGAGGCAUGUAAUGGACGAAGGCAACGAUGAUUACAAGAUAAUAAUGCUGAAUAAACGUCAUUUGGGAUUCCGAGUGAUCAAGCUGAACCGGGAGUGUGUGCGAGGGCUGUGGGCGGGACAGCAACAAGAGCUCGUGUAUCUACGGAAUAGGAAUCCCGAACGCGGUUCCAUACAGAAUGCUAAACAGGCUCUCCGCAAUAUAAUAAACUCGUCGUGUGAUCAACCGAUUGGCUAUCCGAUAUACGUGUCUCCGCUAAGCACUUCGUACGCAGACACCUCCGAACCACUCCGCGAGCUGCUCGGCGAGCCGCUCAGUGUCGGUCUGCUGCGGAGGCAAGCUGCUGCUCUCUGGAGACGGAUCCGGCGGCGAUGCGGGGAGGGGUGCUCAAGCGGCGGAGGCGCGUGUGAGCCGGCCACGGGCCUGAACCGGUCACAGUCUGCCACGGAGCGGGCACGGACCGGUCUUGACCGCUCCAACCCACUGGGUGGAACGCGUAGCAGUUUGUCGACGACGGGUACUCUGGGCAGCAUGGCCGGAGCUGUGGGCGUCGCGGGGAAACCAAUGUCGGGCACACUCGCCUCGCUGGCCGGGAUGUUGAGGGAACACUCGCACGACCGACACGACGACCAGGUUUACGGCAGCGGUCCGGAAGUGGAGGUGCGUCGUCGUAGUGAGGAGCGCGAACGGUCGGCGCGAGGGCGGCGCGAGAGACACGCACGUGCACGCACUCAGGGUGUGAGUCACAGUAGGGUACGUCAUGACCGCGCAUUACCCGCGUCGUUCCGGCUGCUGGCCGCGUCCGACAACGGCCGACUCGGAGCCGACUGUACGGACACGCACCACGCUCAGAAUAACAGUGGAUGGCGUAGUAGAGAACACGCUCAGCCCAGACGAGCAGCCAGUGCUAAGGUGUCGUCAAGUCACCCUCACAGCGGCUCGUCGUCGCUGGAGGAGGUGGUCAUGUCGAGCAGCGGGCCGGACGUGUCGCUCACGGACUGCAGGAUCAUCGCCAACCGGAACGCCAGGCAGGACCUUGCGCACAACCCCUUCGCAGUGAGGUACUUCAUGAACGAAGGCACUUCCAAGGACCUAUCGAAGAUAUCUAAAGAGAUUCGCCACGAACGAGAGAGCUAUCGGGAACUAACCGGCCGAUACACGGAGAAAUCAGACUCGAUACCGUUGAAGGAGACGCAGUACGGCGACUCGAUGAAAGAUAUCGACAGAAAGAGCCUUAAAAGUAAAGAGAUAAAGACGAAAAUCAAACGCUCUGAUUCUGGCAGGGACGUGUUGAACAUCAGCGUUGGGAGUAAAGUAUUGAUUACUGAGCCAUUGGGGGUGUACGAUUGUAUUAAUUUGGGGAGGAGGAUUGAUGUGGCGUGGCCUUCGGAGGCGCAGAGGGAGAGGGGAGGGAGGAAUUUCUGGGGGAGCUGGGUGCCUCAGGCGGGGAUGGAUGGACUGGUUGUUCACAAGUGGACCCCGAACCAUCGCGACCCCAAGCUAAGGUCCCACGUGGACAAAUGUAUUCUGCUGGUGCAAAUUGAUGACAAGUUCGUGCCCAUCGCAGAAAACUGCGUGCAGGACUUGGGUGACGAAGUUUGAACUCUAUUUGUGUAGCAAUAGGAACUAUAAUGGCUACAAAUGUGUUGCUUAUCACUCGAACAAUUCAACAUCGGUAUUUAUGAUUGAGUCUAUGGUAUUAUUUAUAAAUCGUUUGUAUGAACACUUACUGGAAAUUGGACUUUAUUACUGAGAAUUUAGAGUCUAACUUCCGUAUUGUCGUAUUGAAUCUAAUGGCCCUGAUUUUUUUUUAAUUUACCUGGCUUAUGCUGAUUAAAUAUUUGAGAUGGGUUUUUUGAGUUCCUUCACGACACAUACUAGUAUAUGAAUAGUACGGUAUAUUAUAAAGCGCUAACGAUUCGAAAAAUAAUUGUGUGUUUAUAGAGUUACACUACGUUCGGAGUUUGGAUUUUCUCAGCUGGAUGUGUCUGGAAGUAACUUUCUGCCACGUUCAACCUAAGAGUGCUUCCUUGCGUUAACUGUGUUUCCAAGACAGCGCCCCUAAGGUACCAUGUGGCUUAACUUAACUUCAAGUCUCAUACUCCCAAGUCUCAUAAUCUCGGAUUUUUUUUUCAUCGGGAAAAAAAACCGCAUUAAAUUUUCACAACGGCAGCGCUCCUGUGACUUCUCAGCUGAUCACUUCGUUAUUUGACCCGUGAGCUCCUUUGAUUUUCUAUCCCCAUAAAAACAUAUGGAACUACGCAGUUUAAUGCAAUUGUGAAAUAGGAUUGUUCGAAUAUAUCAGUACUGGAAUGAGAAAUAACAAAGUACGGUAAAAAUAGAUUUAAAAACACUUGUUACCAGGGAUUUAAAAAUUACCAAUGGUGUAUGUAAAUAAAUAUUUGUUGUAUCUGGUAUAAAAUGUAUAGAUAAGUUUAUUAACUUCUUCCAAAUUAAAGUUUAUACUAUUCAUAAUGUUAUAUGGAUGGAGGUUCAUUCGCCUUGAUAAGUAUAAAUUUCAAAUUACUUUGGAGAUGUACAACUGGAUUAUUUGCGGGAUAAAACUGUUUACAGUUAAUUCUUUUACAGUACCUAAAUAUAAUAGAAUUGUAUAUAGUGUAAAUAUUGUAUAAUAUGGUGUGGCUAAGUAAUUUGGUCUGUUGAUGUCUCCCAAAUAUUAUUAUUAAUAAUACUUGUAUUCAUUAUUCUAUUGUAUAUAUUAAUAAUGUCAAUCAUCUCGAUAUGUUAAUUAUAUUGAGUCUGCCUCACAUACACAGUAUUAGAAUACUUCUGGUUUUGCAAGGGAUCAUAUGCGCCGCAUUAAGUGAAAUAAAAAUAAAUAAGAAAGACCAGUAUUAAACGAGAUUGAUAGAUAUUCAAUCUUUCCAUUUUAUUUUUAUUUCUAUUAAGGUCGAUCCACACAUACCGCGGGGUUUGGCUUAGCCGGCGGUAUGGAGGCAAUUUUUUAUAUCAUUGCCACUGAAGGCCGCAGUAUCGCUGUGAUUAUCGUUGAAGUUAGUGGUGUAUUCGUGUGUCGACAUGACAGUUCGGUCGGCGGCAAUGUUGGGGAUUAGCACCGAAAACGCGAACAAUACCGGCGACACGUGUGUGUGGAUCCACCUUAAGAAUGCCUUUACUUGCAGUGAGCAAGUAAAGAUUAACAUUAAGAUUAAUUAUCAAUUUGUAAUAUUUGAUCCGUGUUUGUUUUUACAUUACAUUUAUUCGGAUUAUAAAUUCGGAUUUUCAGUCGUGAAGUCUUAGAAACAUAACUUUAUGGUUAUGUAACGCAAACGGCGCCCAACUUAGAUUAUGUGCCGAAUAUUAAUAACUGUCUGACAUUCUAUAAAUAACUAGUGAAAAGUAUAACCAUUAUCGGUUCCUGCAUACACAUAGGUAUAUUCUGUAAUAUUGUUUAUCAUAAUGCAUAAAAAAAAGAUCUCCUCGACGCUUUUGACACAAAACACUAUUAUUUCAGGCCUUAUUUGUAUGCAAUGAAAAGCGGCGAAACGAAAGACAGCGAAAGGUUCGUUCCAGGAUUCUUAUAGGUCUUUCAUUAUCAUCCGUUAACUUUGUUUCGGCGUCAUUCGUUGUAUAUGGACCCAGCAUUAUGAUAUUAAGUCGCACUUACGAUCGCCCCGUAUUUUUCUCUUCUACUUGUGCUAAACUUGAAACUGCGGGUCAAAAUCCCUUGCACCAGAACUGUACCGCGGCUAGAAAAUAGUGAAUUUUCGAAAUGAGCAUAUCAUCAAGUUCCAAAAAGUUUUAAUCAUAUAAACUUAUAUAUAGUUGUACUAUACGAAGUAUUUAUUAUUACGUGUAAGGUUACCUGUUUAUAUCUAGCAAACAUCUGUGGGUUAUGAAGUUGCCUUAUUAUAUUUUAGACUGAUUUUAUCAAUGGUGUGUCUGUAUGUGUAUGCUUGUACUAGCGUUAUAAGAACACAUGUAAAGUGCGGUGGCUAAAAGGAACCAUUUUGGUCCAUCUAUCGUUACCUGUCCUUCUUUGUCGCAUAUCGCUCACACUAUUCAACGGCUCACCCAAAGGUUACUGUUUACAAAGUACAUGAUACUAUCGGCGUUUCAAAUACAAUUGGCCAUGAAGUAACAUUUGAGAAUGAACCAAGAAUAUAUCAAAUCAAAUCAAAAUCAUGUAGGUCACGGAACUGACACUUUAAAAAAAAUCUUAUUGAAUUUAAUUAGAAAUUACUGGGCAAAUGAGGCUUCACAUCUUAUGUCUCAAGGUGACUAGCGCAAUUGUACUACCGCUCAGACUUUUUGGGUUUUUCAAGAAUCCUGAGCGGCACUACAUUGUAAUGGGCAGGGUGUAUCAGUAACCAUCAACUGAACGUCCUGCUCGUCCCUUAUUUUCAUAAAAAAAUUAAUAAAUUACAAAUAAACUUGCUAUAAAGUUAUACCUGAGAAUAUAUCAAAUCAAAUCAAAAUCACUUUAUUCAUGUAGGUCACGGAUAUUAUACUUAUAAAAAAAAUAUUGAAUUUACCGCUACUUCGUAAAGGGUUGAGCUAAGGAGAAGAAGUAGGAAGAAACUCAUUUGCAACUCUUUUAAAUCAUUAUUUACAUUUUUAUCGUUUUACAAAUCAUUUCAAUUUCUACUUGCAUCCCGUGCCACUAAAUAAGUUAAAAAAAAAUAUAAUUCUGAAGUUUUUCGAAUGUCAAGCAGCCUUGCAAAUAAACGCAGAAAACGUAUAUUUCUAAACAUUUUGCAUAUUCUUGGUUUAUUCUCAGUUAUAACUUUAUAAUAAGUUUAUUUGUAAGGCCGUGUAAGUUUUAAUAAAUGUUACAACACAUACUAUCUACGUGUUUUAUGCCAUAAACUUAUAUGCAUACAAUGAUAAAUCUAUAUAUAAUGAACAUAUACAUAUUUAUAAUGAAAAUGGUCAUUGCUUGAGGCUCAAUCACGCCUAACCACUGAUCGUAUCGAUAUAAAACUACCACCAUUAAAUCGACAAAUUUUUCGAAUUCCAACGUUCCUUCCUUGAUUUAUUUCCUUUUAAAAUUUGCCCAGCGAACCGUGCGGGAACAGCUAGUAGGUAUAAUAAUAAUGAAAAUGGUCUUUGUUUGAGGCUCAAUCACGCCUAAUUGUAUCGACAUGAAACUACCACCAUUCGAUGCGAAAUUUAUCCUAGAUGGUUAAUGGCUACUAAUUUUUCGAAUUCCAACCUUCCUUCGUUGAUUUAUUUCCUUUUAAAAUUUGCCCAGCGAAGCGCCCGCCCGAACGUCUAGUUUUACAUAAAUUAAAAUAAUUAGAUAAAUUCUGAUAACAUUAUACCAUUUAAGAGCUUUAUUUCUCAGAACAAUAUUACAAUAUUCACUUAUAGAGAAAAUGUAUUCUAAUUACUAUAUAAUAUUAUGUGAGCCGCGAGAAUAUAACAAUAUCUAUAAAUCGAUUAUUUUUCUUGUUUAAAUAUCAAUAUUAACAAAUUAAGUAAAGUGGAAAAAAAGCAGUAAACACACACUAGAUGAAACCCUUAAAAAGACAUAACUAUACAAAUUAUAAUCUAAAGAACAUUCAUAAAUAAGUUAUCUACACUACUAUACGCUUAAAAUAUAGAGUUUGUUAAUCAAUUAUAAUAAUAACUAGAAUUUUGUUAAUAAUAAUUUUGCAUGCCAGAAAUGGCCGAUAACAUUGAUACAUUAAAACUACUUACACCCAUUGUUACAUGUUUUCUAGCAAAAUAAAGAAUUUAUUAUUAUUAUUAUUAUUACACUAAAGACACAAUACAAUAAUACAAAAUCUUUAGUGAAUUUACUUUGAUUCGGGGGAUUUUGUUAAAAUAUAUCUAUCUCUUUCUGUCAACUAGUUGUCAUAAAUCUUCGCGACGUUUUUACUUUGAAAUACUACCCUUACGCUAAUUGUCUAACAUAUUUCUGUAACCAGUUCAAGUUUAAGAAGCGCAAAGAUAAUUGUGCGACAAGGACAGGUAGCUACGGGUCAGCGUCCUAAAAUAUCUAUUCUCGGCGACCGUACUGUUACUGUACCAAAUGUUAUCAUAAAUCAAUGCAGUAAGUGCAACAUUAUUCGCACUUUUAUAUUUUCAUAACUAUUUCGAGCAUACAGAGUUUACUUUAGUACUUUGUAUGGUAAUAUGAAGAAUUCAAUCCUAAAAUCAAAAACACUAUUCAUAUAGGUCACGGAAAUGACACUUAUGAAUGUCAAAAAAAAGUUAUGUGCAAUCAAAAUCAGGUAAUUUUAAAUAUCCAAACUAUAAUAUGUAAUAAAAUAUUUAAAAGUCUAUAUAUUUUUUAAUUGUUUUAUCAGUUUAAAAAAUUAAUUAUUUUAGCUGCAACCGUAGGCCGUAUCUACGUGUUUCUCUCAAAAUCAUAAACUUAGUAUAGGAGCGUAAUAGACGAACACUGUGUGAAAGUGAGUUAACUAUCCUUACAUAAAAACCUAGGUGUGAGAGAGAGACGGAAUAGAUGAAGGCCAUGAAACCGUUUUGAAACAAUUUAGUGUCCAUUAGUCUCCUAUCAAAUUAUACCGCGUUUUAUUUUGUGUUUUUAACGCUAUUGUUCUGUGUUUAAACGGAUAUAAUUUAAUAAAUAUAAUGGUUUCGUGUUGGGUUGUUGUUACAUAUAGCAACAAUCCAACUAAAGAAACACAGGAAAAUACGGAUUCUUCGAUACUACUUUCGUGAUGCAUAAAGAACAUAUGCACUGAAAUACUGAAUAUUUCAUUUUCUGUACCCAAUAAACACUAUUUUCUUAAGAUUAUAAUCGCUUAAGAAAAUAUGUGUUAGAUAAUAAAAUAUUUUAUACUUGAAAAAUAUGCCGUUUAUCAAAAUUUAUCAUUGGGAUCGACCAAAAGCAAAAUACUAAACACUUCAGUAACACUCUUAACACAUCAGUAAAACUAUCAGACAUGAACAUUUUAUUCUUUUAUUUAGUCUAUUACGCCAGUAUACUAAGUUUAUGCUUAAUACAUUUUGAUACCUUUAUUUCAAUAAGUGGGUACUAAAAGAUGUUUAUGUAGGAGGUGGAUUUUUUUAAUGUGCGAACAAGUGAGCUUUUACUGUUAUAUUAUCGAAAUGUCACAAUGUCGGCAAUAAGUUGCGGAAGUCAGUUCUCGAAACACAAUCCGUCCAAAAAGUUGUGUUUCGCGGUGCCGGUGUAUGUAUGUAUGUAAAUAUAAUGUACUCGGGUCUCGUUGCUAAGUGUAAUGCACAAUCUAAUUGUUAAAUGUUUCAAAUAUAUGACUGUUUAUCAUUAAGUGAAAGUUGGCUUAGUAUUCAUACAUAUUAUGUCUAUUUUGUUUGAGUAAAUAAUUGAACUUAACAUAUAUAACAUCUAAUAAUUGAUAUAUCUACGGGUCACUGUUAUUUGGUAAUAAAUAAUCAUUUGUUAUUUCGAUUCUAUUAUUACAAUAAAUAAUGUAAACUUUGAUAUUUAAAAAUACGGCUUGAUGCUUCGGCGAUAAUAAUAUUUAAUCAUGUUUUUGAUGGCAGACAAUUAUUUUAUUCUUAGACCAUUUAUACGUCGCGUCAGGAAUAUUAGUUUAGUGUGCAUGACAAGCUACGUCUUACACUCGCGAUUUCUAUGACACUUUGUCUUAGUUUGCGUAAACUUGGCCAAAAUAGAAGUUAGUUCUAAAUAUGGAGGGUAGAGGUAAGGAGAAUCAUCUGUGUAUAUGAAAAAGUGUCCGUCAAAAUGAAUUAAAUUAGGGUGGCGCUACAGUCGCAUCAGGGUAAAUCAUAAAAGAACAAAUAUAAAAUAAUACUAAUCGCUCUAGGUGCACGUUUCCUUAUAAUUAUUUUUUAAGGUUAUGUUUAUAACAUUAUUUUGUACAACGUAAGUAGUUGAAAUUUAACACAAUAACAAUAAUAUGAGAUUUUUAACUCGGCAUACUUCAAUUCGUUUACUAUUGCUACAUUCGCCAUACUUUAUACCCAUACACAGAAGCUACACCAGCGCCAUUGUGGAAGCUUUUUGAACUGUUAUUUACAACAUAAGCUGGAGACUUUUUCAAAUUUUCUCCCUUAUUAGAUGAUACUCCUUGCCUCUACCCUCCAUAGUUCUUAAGUCUAUUUUUUUCGAUGUUUUCACAGCUGUCAUAGUCUAUCUAGACUUAUAAAUGAUCUAAGGUUUUAUUAUUAUUAUUAUUCUGAUUCUAAAUUUUAUAAUUUGUCACUGUUUUGUUUAGCUAUAGCGUGAUUUGUUUGCUAAUCUCAAAGUGAAGAUGUAACAUUUUUUUUUAAUUUAAUUCAAGACCAUGGAUGCUAGUCCUUCAGUCGGAAUAAUAAAAUGGAAACUGAUCUUCACUAAGAUCAGUUUCUCCAGUGUUGCUAGUAAACGACAUAGAAUUAAGUAUUACCAGCAUUAUACAUCCACAUUUAAUUAUCUUUUGGCUUUGUCACAACCCAUAGUCAUUUUACAAAUGUUAAUGUUGCAUAAUUUUUCGAGUAAAACAUCUAUAUAAUAUAAUAAUUAAAAUAAAUAUCAUUUCCAUGUUUUACUCUAUUUACAAGUAUUGUAAUAAAGUUUUAUUUCACAGCCAACUUUCGUUAACUUUAUAAUUAUCAAUGUUGAAUUUCAAUCAUGGAUUUUAAAUUGUCAUGACAGUGUGAUAGUGGCCUUAAAUAAGUCGAGCGGUGGCUGAAUGGAGUGUUGUGAAGGCCUGUUAAUGAUAACGAAUUAAAAAAUAAAUGGUACAUAAAUUAA